AUGGUGAAAGUGUUUGUCGAAGAAACGCUGAAAAAAGGUGUUUAUGGUUUGAUUGCCGAAUUCAAAUCUAUGAAACGUAUGAACGAUUUCACGAAAAUGACUGAGUUUGUGGCACAAAACCCACAAGGCAGAAAUCGUUACAAGGAUGUUGGAUGUUUGGACAACGAUCGAGUAGUGAUUAAAAUCGGACCAGUUUCAUACAUCCACGCCAAUUACGUAUCGACACCAGUCAGCCCAAAACGCUUCAUUUGUACACAGGCUCCUUUACCGAAGACCUGUCCUGACUUUUGGUAUAUGGUGGUUCAGGAGAAAUCGUUAGCGAUUCUCAUGCUGUGCAACUUUGUGGAGCAGCAAGCUCUACGGUUAGUUCUAUUACAACUACUACCCUCAAAUCGCUUCUUUCAGUUUCCAUUUCCAUUUGAAACGAAAAUUAAAGUGAUGGUACGACAACUGGAGGUGUCCAUCCCCAAUUACCCAACUCACACUUGCCUCCACUAUCACUGGAUGGAUUGGCCAGAUCGAGGCGUACCUGAAGCGGACCUCGCGCCUAUUGCACUACUCUCGAAAUUGAAGGAAAACACGUGCGUUCUGUCUCCAAAUGAAAAAUUCUUGCCAAAUACACCUUUGACUGCAAAGUAA